AUGUCGUCUGCCGCGGCAGUGUCGAAACUGCAGUCUCCCCUCCGCGAUCUAGUCCUCGGCGCGACGCAAGAUGGAAGCCAGGACUUUGGCAAGUCCGAGAAGGACAAGACAGAAGUGACGGGCUGGAUCGAGAAGGUCGCGCAGGGCGACAUCGUGAAGCCAGAAGCGCUCAAGGAUCUCGACGCGCAACUCGUGCCGCUCACAUAUGUCGUGAGCAACUACCUGACCGCCGCCGAUGUCGCCGUCUACGGCGCCCUCCACCCGACAUUCUCCCAGCUCCAGCCUUCCCAGUAUCAUUCCCACCCCGCACUCACCCGCUACUUUGACCAUGUUCAAACUCGGCCAUCCGUUCGCAAAUCAGCCGAGAGCCUCUCUCCCGCGUUUUCUCUUGUCCCUAUCGAUCUCUCCAACACUCCUGCAAUUGAGCGCAAGGCCGCUGAGCCGAAGAAGAAGGAAAAGGCAUCCAAGGCCGACGCGGCACCCGCGCCAGAAAAGCAAGAGAAGCUGGCUGCAGCAGAGGUGAAAAAAUCCGACCCAGGGGAGGGUAAGACGCAGAAAAAGGACAAGAAGGAAAAGAAGGAGAAAAAAGAGGGCGCAGCAGAGGCUGGAGAAGGAAAGAAGAAGGUUGCAGGUGGAGGCAAGGCUGCUCCGGCAGAAGAUGCGGGAGAGCCUGUCCCGUCCAUGAUCGAUCUGCGUGUUGGGCACAUCGUCGAUGUGAAAAAACAUCCGGAUGCCGAUGGUUUAUAUGUCGAGCAAAUCGAUUUCGGCGAGGAAACAGGCCCUCGCACCGUUGUGUCUGGGCUUGUGAACUAUGUCCCAAUUGAGAAAAUGCAAGACAAAUGGCUUGUCGGUGUGUGCAACUUGAAGCCUGCCAACAUGCGUGGAGUCAAAAGUUUUGCCAUGGUUCUCUGCGCGACCUCGAAGGACGGCAAGGAGGCCGGGAUCGAGCUGAUUGACCCCCCGCCAAACUCGAAGCCCGGUGACAGGAUCUAUUUUGAAGGCGCCGAGUUCGAAGAUGCGACGCCACUGUCUCAACUGAACCCGAAAAAGAAGAUAUUCGAGACCGUUCAACCAGGAUUCACGACGCUAGACAGCAGAGAGGCUGCGUGGGUAAACCCGUCCACAAAGAGUGUGCAUCGAAUCCGGACAAAGGCGGGUUUCUGCUUGGCUCCCACACUCGUCGGCGCAUCCUUGUCAUAG